CCAGCAGUAGUCUUGUGUUUGCCAUCCUUUAGUGGUGGGGCGAUAUGAGUACUGUUGCUAGUCCGAACUCGUAACUUUUCGUAAACACUUGCGAAUCCGCGCGAAAAUCGUUAUCAGUGCAAAGGAAAAAAUGUGCAAUCAACGACCACUGAAAUUAUCAAAACCAUCAAGGAGAUAAACUGUAACAAAAAAAAAAAACAGGACUCGUUGUCUCCGAAAUUUUAACAAGACAAAAUUGAUUAACUCGGAAAAUUAAAGGCGAGAAAAAUAUCGUGUAUACAAUACACACAGGCGAGUUGGAAAAGUUUGAAGUCAGCCAGCGCGCGAGCAACACAGCACGCAUCCAGCUUCAUCAGCUGGUCGCGUUUUCGUCCAACUCCAGAUUGCAUCUGCACAUGCGUUUCCCCCACCCGUGGGGAUUGCUGUCGGCAGGAGGGGAAUCAGCUGAGCAGAAGAUACAAAUUCAUAUUAGUCCGGCAGUGUCUGCAUCCUUCAGUCGCGUUGUUAUCGUCAGAUUGUGUACAAGCGCGCUAUGGUAGAGAUAGGCUAGUGCAGUGCACUGCUAGUAGGGUUUAACAAAUUGUCGUGAGACGUACUCGUUUUUAGUGUUGUGCGAACUUAACAAUUUUUCCGGCUUGAGUGCGAGAACGAAACAGUGCUGUGCGCCGUAAUAUUUUUUCCGUUUUCUACUCGCGAUACUUGUACGCAAAACUUUCAAUUUGGAUAAUAUGGUGCCGCAGAACAUGGAUUCUGGCCGUUCUGAGAGCCCAACCAGCAGUGGCCAGCCGCUGUUCGGUUCACAACUCGUCGACAAGGAUUCAGCUACACCCUACUCUGAUGCCACUCAGACCAAGAAAAAUAAUCCCAACCACAUCAAGCGGCCCAUGAAUGCGUUCAUGGUUUGGUCUCAAAUCGAGCGCAGAAAGAUCUGCGAAACACAACCAGACAUGCAUAAUGCUGAGAUUUCAAAACGUCUGGGUCGCCUCUGGAGGCAACUGAACGAAGAGCAGCGGAAGCCAUUCAUCGGCGAAGCCGAUCGCUUGCGCCAACUCCAUCAGAAGGAGUAUCCAGAUUAUAAAUACCGUCCGAGGAAGAAGACCACCAAGCCGAUGCCUAAAGCCACCGGCCCGUCACCGAAGAAAGCCAAGCUGGCCAAGGCUCCUACAAAGGUUCAGCAACAACAACAGCAGUCGCAACAGGUCAAACUUGGAAACGAUAGUAAUAACAACAACAGUAUGUUGACUAAGGAUAAAAUCUUCGCGACGGUCACAAAGCGCCCGGCACAGUCGGAAGUAACGUCGAAGCUUAAAAACAGAUUAACCAAAACGCCGCUGCCGCUACCGUCGACGACGACGUAUAUGACCUCGCUGCCGCCGGUCAAUUUCCUGCACGCGCCUGCAAAGGUCCCGUCCAGUCCAUCGUGCGAUACACCCGACUCUCCUGAGAGCGCCUCCUUCUAUGAUGACACCCUGUUGAUGGAUACCAGCGACACGCAACAACUGCAGUCGUUCGUCAAGGAAGAACCGGAGGACUCGAUGCUCGACACGACCACUCUGGACGACCUGGACACGCUCACUGAUCUCAUUCAAAUCAACGACACCAACUUCAACUUUGAGGCGCUCGCCAGCCUUACGGGCGACUCACUGGAAGUGGACUCCGACACCUCGUCGCAUCUGGACUUCUCCUGCACGCCGGACGUCACCGCGCUGCUGAACGGAGCGUACCAGAUUCCCCUCGAGCUGCCUUGAGUCGCCCAGUGGAUGAGAGUCGAAGACUGCUGCUGCGCGAACCGAACUGACUUAAAAUAAAUGUGCGCGUGUACAGCGGUGUGUGUAUAUAUUGAAACGAGUUUUGUCAUGCACAUGCACUUCGUCGGGUCUAUGUAUGAAGUCGCGUCGCGUCCAGUGCGCCCGACCGGAGCUCAAGCAGAAAACCAAUCAACCUACCGUUCGUUAUAUAUAAAUAUAUAUAAUAAAUAUAUUAGUAUUUGAUAGCAAAACUGCGCAAACUACGAGAGACCACACUUGGGCAUGACUACAAUAAUGAUACAUCCCCUCUUUACAUGCGUCAUUUUCACCCAAAUUUACGAUGAUCUCAUUUUGUGUGUUUUUAUUUUAUUUUUAUAUUUAUCAUUAAUUACUCAACAUAAUACUAUAUAACCGGAAAAACUAACGCAAAAGUUUUCUGCUAUCAUUGCGAACCACCGAACAUGACGAGCUUAGAAUUUGGAUUGUCUUGUACAUAGCGGCGAGCUAUUUGAAACAAAUAAGGAGUACACUAUUAUAAGAUUCCCGGAUUUAACCACUUGUUAGUGCCUAGCUCAGUUCGAUAUGUCGACCCGGGGACGUGUAGAGGAACGCCGGGCCUUAGUUUCGACACAUCUGACCUUGCCAGAAACGGCGGGACACAAAAUCAGGCUGUGAUUCAUCAUUUCGAUGACCAAUAUUUUAGUUAUCAAAAGAGGAAAAAAAUAUAAAAGUCCGUCUUUUAAUUAUAUAACAAAAAAUUUCACCCAGCUAAUAAUUUUUUGUCCGGUUUAGCACGGUAUACAUACAUUAAUCGCAUACACACACUUCGAUUCGAAUGGCGAGAAUCUGAGGUAUUAUGUUUUUGUUUUUUAUUUGUCUAUUUAAGUUUUGUGUAAUUACGAUUAUAUAGAGAAUCUUGCGUUCGUCCAGAAGUACUUAAGUAGAAAUUGAUUUCUAAGUCUAUAGGGCAUCGAUAUUCAGAGUCAUUAGAGAGAAGUUGAUUGAAUGAAGAAAAACAUGCGGUGGCACAUCCAGGAGCGUACGAACUUUGACAAUAUAAUUGCAAAAUGUUUAUAUAGCGCUAAUACGUACUGCUUUAUUUUGCAAAUCCCAGAAAUACCACACAAUCGACAUUAUUUUGGUUUCAAAGAUUGGAAAGCGUAGGAAGUCGCAGGCGCUCUUUUUAUAUCUUAUACGUUGUUAUGCACAUGAUUAUUAAUUAUUCAUCUUUUAUAUAAGUAUAUUAUUUAUAUUAUCUAAAAGUAUAUGUUAACUAAUUCGAUUAUUAAAAUAUAAUAUAUAUACUAUAUAUAUUAUAUCUAUUACACGAUAAUUAUUACGCUUAAAAACGUGUUUGGUUUUAAUUCUCAUGUUUUUACACACACUUUGUUCCGACUCGGUUCGUUUCGUAGGAUAUGCGUAUAGAAACGACAUAGAUAUAUGAUAUCUAAAUGUAUUCAAGUCAAUGCACAAACAAAACAAGUCGGGAGUAAUAUCCAAGGGAUAACAAACAAAACAGUAAGAAACAAAAAUUGAUGGCAAAAAUAUAGAAUUAACACACAUUCACGCGUGCGCGCAUACACACAUAUAGUCGCGUGGUGCCGAUUUUUUGACAUUUACCUACAACUAGCGAGUAGUUGCGAAGCCACAUCGAUAUUCUUAUAUGUUGAAGAUAAGAAUAAAAUAAUAAUGAUAAAGAUAUACACUAAGGGAUUACAAAAAUAAAAUAAAAAAAUAAUGAGACGUGCAUUCAGCGUCCUACGUGUGCUUUCAAUGUAGUAGAUUAUAACUUUAUAUAUAUUACGGUAAUAUUAAAGUUAGAUCGGACUGUCCGUAUAUAAUAAGAGUUUUCGAAUUUUAAAAUUUUAUGAGGCCUGGUACAGUAUGAAAUGAAGACGACGAGUACGAUGAUGAUGGUGUUGCGAGAACGAGCGCGAUAGUCGGAGGAUAAAUGACGCGGAAAAUUGUAGAAUAACAUAUUCGGUGUAUUUUUGUACCCAAUGUUUGUUUUCCCGGCGUGUGUGCAGAGUUUCGCGUUUGGACGAGAGCAUGUUGCUGACUGACUUAGACGUAUAGGAAUCCUUUGAUUUGAGCCGCACUGUGCUUAUCAGUCGAUAAUAAUUGUUCUAUUUUAAUUUGCUCCAUUUUAGUUCAACAUCACCUCGUACCGUUACUCUACUCACACGCUACGCGGAUUGUAUAUAAUUGUAUAAAUUUGCUCAUGUAAAGAUUGUUUUUGUUAAAUUCUGAUGUUUACGCAAUCAGUUUUUCAUUACAUUAUUAAUUAGAGAUAAUGCAAUUAAUUAUGCGACAAACAACAUACAACCACCACUAAACUAUAUAUGCAUUAUAUUGAUGUGGAAAAACCAAAAACCGAGGAACGAGACGAGCGAGAGCAGUUUAUUGAAUUUUUCGGCUUCAAACCCUACGAGGCUAUAUAGUUGAAAGCGGGUUCGUUCUGGAGAUCCUUUCCUUGAACCGGGGCAACGGUUUGUGAUUUUGAGUUAGCCCCUUGGGAAACGGACCUCUCCGGCGAUUGCCGCUCAAUAUAAGCAAACACUCACCCAUACACCCAUACAUACACACACACUACAUGAAUAUUACAAUAAUUCAAUCUGCAAUCAGUGACGAAAGCGGGCGCAUCAAUGGCGCGCAAUGUUCCAGUUGAUCUCUUAAAUCGAUUACAAAAUCGCCCUUAUCUCUUAACGCGCAUUGUUAACUUUAAUUCUGACAAACGAUUAAAAAAUUAAGGAAAAACGAAAACCAAUUAAAAUUAAAACAAAGAAAGCAAAAGAAAAUAAUUCAAGAGAGAUAUAAAGUUAGCAAUAUUUUUGCAUAUAACCUUGAUGUAUCAUAAUUCCCUUGCAUUUGUAAAUCCUUUGUAUUAUAUUCAUAUACUAUAUAUAUAUAAAUAUAUAAAUAUAUUACGUUAUUACUUAUAGUGUGUAAAUUUUGUAUUGUAGUUGCUGGUUAUAAAUACAUAUUAUAUGGCCAAUAAA